AUUCCGUCUUAUCGAUUUCACUUAACUUAAUAGUAUUGAAAUGCAUUCAUUUCCUAUGCAUUGACUCGAUUUAUGAUACUAUCGGAGUGAAACAAGUAGAUCUAAAGAAGAACAGGGGUUAGAUUCCAUUAGUAACAAGUAAAUCCUUUAAUUUAAUAUGUAAAUGUAUGUUAAAAAGUCCCGAUAUCUUUUUUGAGGGGGGCAAAAAUAUCAAGGUCUGAGAUGACCCAGAAAGCACUAUAAAUUUAAGAAAGCCUACUUGGGUAUUGAGCAUUUACAAAUAAGAAAUGAGUUUUUCACAAUAGAUAGUUGUGUAACUCCGUAAAACAGAAUCGAGUCCAUUUUCUUACAUAUAAACUUUUCUAUAGGUAUACUCGGUUCGUUUGAUUGAUGCUCGAGCUGGAUGAUGCAAAAUUAUCAUGUCCGGUUCUUUCGGAGGAUGGAUCAAUAAGAAUUCACCUAUCCCAAUAACAAAAAAACCUGACUUGAAUGAUCCUGUAUUAAGAGCGAAAUUGGCUAAAGGAAUGGGUCAUAAUUAUUAUGGAGAACCCGCAUGGCCAAACGAUCUUUUAUAUAUUUUUCCCGUAGUUAUUCUAGGUACUAUUGCUUGUAACGUAGGUUUAGCAUUUUUAGAACCAUCAAUGAUUGGGAAAUCCGCGGAUCCAUUUGCAACUCCUUUGGAAAUAUUGCCGGAAUGGUAUUUCUUUCCUGUAUUUCAAAUACUUCGUACAGUGCCCAAUAAGUUAUUGGGCGUUCUUUUAAUGGUUUCGGUACCCGCGGGAUUAUUAACAGUACCCUUUUUGGAGAAUGUUAAUAAAUUCCAAAACCCAUUUCGUCGUCCAGUAUCAACAACCAUCUUUUUGAUUGGUACUGCAGUAGCCCUUUGGUUGGGUGUUGGAGCAACAUUACCUAUUGAGAAAUCCCUAACUUUAGGUCUCUUUUAAAUUGAUUCACUUGUGAAUUAAAAUCUCAUAUAUA